AUGAGAGUACAGAACGGGACCGUAACACCACCGCACAGACGAAGCGUGCAGUUCGCUCGCUCUCCACCGGCCGAGGACGAAGCAAUCCCAUCCCCGUUGCGCAAGAUACAGACUCUGGAGUCAGACAACGAGGCCGACCGACCAGCCAAUCUCCGUGAGCGGGAGAAACAGGGCUCCUUCUUAGGCAGGUUCAAGGCUCUCGCCACGCCAUCUGGCUCGUCACCGUCGCAUACAAGAGUGCAAAGCAACAGCACAGGGUUCGCCACGCCGAACAUUGCCCUCUCCCCGCAAUCUGAACGAAGUGAGCCGGUGUUUUCUCUGGAACCGAGUGAGGCUGCCGAUGCGGACUUCGAGAGAGGUCAGGAGUCUGAUGAGGCAGGAGGCGACAACGUGCGCCCACGAAAGCGUCGCAAGUCACGAAGACCACAGAUCGGCGGAUCAGAGUCUGCUCCGACUACGCCCCGGCAGUCCCGCUUUGCGUCUUUCCUGCGUGACCGUUCCGUGCCAGCUGCUACUAAUCGUCCAGAUGCCCCGUCGAGACGCAACACCUUCUCAGAUGCAAGCGACGCUGGCCAUGCUGCUGUAUCCGAGGACGAGGGCCGUGACCGUAUGCGCGUUUGGAGACGUGGGCUCUCUCACUCUGCUAGUAAGCCUACCGACGGCGAAGUGACCAAUGGUCACAGACCGAGUCACUUCCGCCGUUUCACAACUCGGGGCUUUGAUGGCUCAAGCUCGCCAUUCCGCACACGUGGCGAGAACGGCAGGCAGGAGAGCAGCAACGUGCAGCGAUGGCGGCAGGUUCUCAGGACUAUUGGCCAGCGGCGCAAGGAAGAAAGGCUGAAGGUUGACCAUCAAAAGUCUGCGCAGCUAAUGGCCGAACUGCUUGCGGGUGCGCCAGCAGCGCUUGUUUUUGCCAGCAUGUUCCAGCGCGACGAGAAGAAACGUCACAAAGUGCCUGUCUUGCUGGAGCAGCUAAAGCUUAGCAUACCUCAUUCCGAGACUCGGCAAGAUAGCAAAGGCGACAGGCAUGCCGUUUUCAGGAUCGAGCUAGAGUACGGCAGCGGGCCCGCGCGUAUGCAGUGGGCGAUACGACGGACCUUAGCCGACUUUGUACAGCUCCAUGCUAAGUACAAGGGCGCUUCUACUGCGGACAAGAUCAAGCGCGGGCGCGGCGAUCCGAAGGGCAGGGCAAAGAUGCCAAAGUUUCCCAAAUCUGCAUUCCCGUAUGCAAGAGGUGUUAGAGGCUUGUUUGACCGCAUAGUCGACGAGGAUGAGGACGAGGAGGCGCCGCACCCCGCCGCAGAUGUGGUUGCGCCAGUUUUCGGCACCGCUGGCGACGCGAGCGGGACCGAUCAGGAGACUCCUCAGCGACCAAGCCUUGCAGGCCGCAAGCACACCCGCCGUAAGAGUAGCUAUGCGCCACCACGUCGAACGAGUACCGGCGAGCUAAUACCAGGUUCAACGGAUCACAGCGCUGUGAUGGCGCAGAAUCGCGAGCGCUACAACGACUACCAGCGUAGGAAAUUGGCGACGUACUUACAACAGAUGAUCAGGUGGCUCAUCUUCCGAGCCGAUGCAAACAGGCUCUGUAGAUUCCUAGAAAUCAGCGCGCUUGCGCUUCGGCUUGGCGCUGAAGGCGGUUGGCAAGGAAAGCAAGGCCUGCUCACGAUUGCCAGCCGUCCGAACAAGGAAAUGAGAACAAAGGCUAUGGCAAUGGGCAGACUUAUGGUCGCCGCUGAUUUCAAAGAACGACACAAGCCACGAUGGUUCCUUGUCCGGCAGUCCUACGUCGUGUGCGUGGACGGACCGGAAAGCUUGACGCCUUACGAUGUGUUUCUAGUGGACUCCGACUCCCGCACGGAACAGAUUCCGAGGAAGAUGGUAGAUCAGAAGACUGCAGCGGACAUGGCGAAGGCUGCCGUUGACACGACGGCUACCGGCAAUCAUCACAUAAUCCGGCUGUGGAACGCGGAACGAAAGUUGAAGCUUGUUGCACGAACCGAACGCGCGUACUUACAGUUCCAUGAGAGUAUACAGCACAUGAUAGACAAUACUAUAUGGGCGAAGAAGCAACGCUUCGCAUCUUAUGCGCCGGUCCGCAAUAACGUAUGGUGCCGAUGGCUGGUCGACGGACGCGACCAUAUGUGGCAAGUCUCGCGUGCGAUAGACAAUGCCAAAGACUUCAUAUACAUACAUGAUUGGUGGCUGAGCCCCGAGCUGUAUCUGCGGCGACCAGCAGCAGUAAGCCAGAAAUGGCGACUAGAUCGGCUCUUGCAACGAAAAGCGCAGGAGGGCGUCAAGAUCUUCGUCAUCGUCUACCGCAACAUCGAGAGCGCGAUCCCGAUUCAGAGCGAUUACACCAAGUGGAGCUUACUCGACUUGCACGAGAAUAUCUGUGUCCAGCGCUCGCCUAAUCAGUUUCGACAGAACCAGUUCUUCUGGGCUCACCACGAGAAGCUCGUAGUCAUCGACAACAUGAUGGCAUUUGUGGGUGGCAUCGACCUGUGCUUCGGUCGUUGGGACGACUCAUGCCAUAGCUUGACAGAUGACAAGUCCACCGGCUUUGAGCUUGACCCAACAGAGGGUGUACAAAACGAUAAUAUGCAGAUGUGGCCUGGCAAAGAUUAUAGCAACCCUCGUGUGCAAGAUUUCUAUGCGCUUGACCGGCCGUACGAGGAAAUGUACGACCGGACGAAGGUGCCAAGGAUGCCGUGGCAUGACAUCCACAUGCAGCUCGUCGGGCAGCCGGCGAGAGAUAUUGCACGUCACUUCGUGCAGCGUUGGAACUAUGUCCUGCGCUCUCGCGUGGCGACCCGUCCUACACCGGUGCUGCUACCGCCACCGGAAUACGAUGCUGAGGAGCUGGAACGCUUGGGCAUGACCGGCACCUGUCAAGUGCAGAUUGUGCGAUCUUGCUCUCCAUGGUCGAUUGGAACUCCAAAUAAAGUCGAGCACAGCAUCAUGAAUGCUUACGUGCAUCUGAUUGAGACGAGCGAGCACUUUGUCUACAUUGAGAACCAGUUCUACAUCUCGUCUUGCACGGUCGAAGGGACGCCAAUCAACAACUCCAUCGGCGACGCGCUGUACAACCGGGCCCUUAAAGCGCACAGGAACAAUGAGCAGUGGCAGGCGUGUCUUAUUAUCCCGCUCAUCCCGGGCUUCCAGAACACGGUUGAUAGUCAGGACGGCACGAGCGUCCGCUUGAUAAUGCAGUGCCAGUUCCGCUCCAUAUGCCGUGGCGAGGCCUCUCUCUUCGGUAGGCUGCGCGCCAAAGGUAUCGAGCCGGAGGACUACAUUCGCUUCUACUCUUUGCGGCAAUGGGGCAAGAUCGGUCCGCGGAAGUGCUUGACCACCGAGCAGCUGUACAUCCAUGCCAAGUGCAUGGUCGUUGAUGACCGGACCGUAAUCAUCGGUUCCGCCAAUAUCAAUGAGCGGUCUAUGCUCGGAAGUAGGGAUAGCGAGGUGUGCGCUAUCGUCACGGAUACUAAGAUGUUGCCAAGCUUUAUGGGCGGCGAGCCGUACGAAGUCGGCGAGUUUGCGCACACCUUACGGAUGAGGCUGAUGAGGGAGCAUUUGGGCGUGGACAUUGACGCGCUCUAUCGGGGUGAGCAGGCUGGUCAAGAGCGCGAAAUGGACAAUAUAUACCGCGCACAAAGCAGCGUCGGUCUUGGCCUGGACGGCGAGGUAGGCCGCGAUGACUACUUCAGCACGCCGCCGGGGUCACCCCAUCUUUUACCGCCUCCGGCGCUCACUGAACAGAACCUCCGAGCAAAUUCUGUUGAUGAGGAGGACAAGCGUGGCAGGAAGUCUGCAAGUGAUCUGGCCAUGCCAUUUCGAAGCUUGGCAGGCACCACUCAAGUCACAGACUCUGGAAGUGGUAGAGCGAGCAUCGCGCAAAGUCCCCAGCUGAAAGGCGAGUCGAAGAGAGAAGCCUUGCACGAUCUAGACGUCGAUGGCUUCGGUACAGACAAUAUGCAUGCCAUCGUGGGCGCUGGUAUUCAAGGGCUGACGGACACCUUCGUUGACGCUCAUGGACACGAGGUCAUACUGAGGACGGACGCUCCUGGCGUAGAGCGGAUUAGGAGCCUCGACGCGCAGGACGCCGUGCGCGGUGAUGAUAGCAUCAUUGAAAAAGCAGAGCCAUCUGCACGCCCCCCGUGGCCGAUCGAGCGCGGUGACACCGUGGCAUUGGGUCUUAUGCCACGUUCGCAGUUGCCUGAGCUGCCAGCAUUGGAUGACACUGACAUAGGCGGCCCACCCUUGACAAGAGGUCAAUCCUCGGCGUCGGCAAAGGUGGUUAACCCGCUCGUACAGUCUCUACGUCGCCCCGAAGUGCACAUAGACUGCAUGACGGACCCGCUAGCGCUGGGGUUCUAUCACGACAUUUGGCACACAAUCGCCGAGAAUAACACCAAGCUCUACCGACAAGUAUUCCGAUGUAUGCCAGACUCCGAGGUUUUGGACUGGAAAGCCUACGAGCGCUUCAAUGACUACAACGAGCGCUUCAUGCAGUCGCAAGGUCUUGGUACAGCCAGAGCGAACUCGAGCAGAGAUGCGCCAGAUAGCAGCGGCCCACCUGGCUCCGGGGGACCGAUGGCGGAUGCUGCAAGCUCGAUCGUGCCAAGUGUUCUAGAGAAGGGCACGGCGGAUCGUCAGCAGAAGCACGGCGGCCUGCUUCACGCUGUAGUGGAUAGGCUGCGGCCAGGCAGCAAGUCCAGUCAUGACCCAGGUCGCAACCCCGAAAUGAGCGAGAAAGAUCGGCCAAUGCCAGGCAGUCCGGGUUCCGGCGCGAGUAGCGGCCCGACUGUGGUUCCUUCCCCUGAUCUCAAACCGUUGAGCGAGAAAGAAGCCGCGAAACAGCUGGAUGGCAUCAGCGCCGCCGAUAUGGCGUAUGUGCAAACUCAAUCCACUCGUGAUACUACCGGCGGCAACAGCUUCGAACGCAAGCGGACGGUGCAGUACUCAGAUAGUGUCACCCAGUCCCCAGAGAUCCCAGCUAUGCAGCCUAGCUCAAGCUCGACGGGCUUGCAGCAGUCCGCCAGCCAGAGGCGCAGGCGAAGGGCUACAACCAAAAGCAGCGCGAGGGUUGAUGACAUUCUGAGCAAGGAGGAAGCAGAAGGCUUGUUGAAACUGGUGCAGGGGUCUAUUGUACUUUGGCCGUAUGACUGGCUUGAGAAGGAGGAAAAGGGCGGCAAUUGGCUCUACAGCAUCGAUCAGCUUGCGCCGCUAGAGAUUUACGACUAA